UGUUGGUCGUCCUCUUGGUCUCUGUUUUUCUAAACAGAUUUCCCGUUGAUUUCCCUUUUGCCGAGAAGGUCUCUCUCAACCACGACUUCUUCAGGUUCAAUGGCUUCUGCCGAGCGGUGGUUGACGUCCUGCGGAGCCAAAAGGGCGUUUUGGUGCCUCUCAACAAGGUGGCGCAAGCGCCUUUGGUCCAGGCUGAAUGGGCAGCGCUGCAGCAAAUCCGAGCGAUCGGCAAAAACACCAAGAUGAAGCAGGUGCUGCUCGAGAGGAGCCAUCUCUUCGAGGUGCAGCUGGACUCCAAAUUUCAGCCUCAUGUGCGCUUGAUUUCGAGCGGUGUGGACCUUUCUGCCUGGUCCCACCUCUCGGCGGUGUGCGCCGCUUCUGCGGCCAUCGCCGGGCUGGCAAACCGCGCAGCUGAAAGCCCGCCGGCGCCACUGACGACACUGCCCGUGGAGGCGCCUGAGACAGCUGCCCUUGGUCCUGAGCUACUCUCCGCGCUGGAAAUGCACCUAACACGCCGGAAUGGGCACGAACGCUAUUCGGUGCUGCGCUCAAAGUUUGGAGUGAAGCAAGCUCAGCUACGGCCAUAUUUUCAGGUCCUUCCGGCAGGCCACGAUGCCGUGGUGGCGCUUUGCCACGAGCCGGGUGGUGCCAUGCCCAAGGUGCCAGGGCCGAUGAAUAGCAGCGUCCAAGAGGCCGUGGAAGGCUUGACCUUGUUACUAGGGGAGCUCAACACUCGUCGCUGCUCCAUCGGCCGCGCAAUGGCCUUUUGCAUGGAUCGUGCGGAGAGCCAUGCUGCUUUGCUCUCGAGGCGCAUGUGCAGUGCCCUCUCAGAGCCCCUCCCUUCAGUCGAGGCACUGGCGAGAUUCUACCUGGUCAACGACGUCCUGCACAAUGCUGCAUCGGAGAAACCAGGAGCCCAGCAGUUCCGCGAGAGUUUCCAGGACCUGCUGCCUGAGGCCUGCGAAGGCUUUGGCCGUCAGUGGCUGAGGCGAUUGGAGUUGCCCUUGAGGGAGCCCAUGGAGCGACGCGUGCGGAGUGUGCUUCAUGGAUGGGAGACUUGGAGCAUCUUCCCGCGCCUCUACAUCAAGGGCUUGGAGGCAUUACUCUUCUCCCCGGUGACGACGCGCUUGGACACUGGAUGCGAGGAUGCGGCGCUGGAGAGGAAGCUGCAGCGCUGGCGGUUGCCAGGCGACCCCACCCAGCUGCCCUGCGCGGCGCGCCGGCGCGGCCUGGCGGGGAAGGCGCAGAAGGCCGAGGUGUGUCGUGCAAGGCUGUGUCACUUUGAGCGGUAUUGGCAUCGACCGGGCGUUGAGGAGCCAGAUUCCGAGCCCGAAGCGCCCGAGACCGUUCUUCGCGGCGCGUCAAGGCCACUGGCCAAGUCGCUCCGCCCUGGCGCGGUGUGUCGUUAUCUUCGAGGGGAUGAGAUCGCCGUGUGCGAGCGCUGGGAUGAGUCCUCGAACGCUUGGCACGUGCGACGGGCGGAUGGUCGCUUGCAGCUGGCCAGCCCUGAGCAGCUCAUCGCGCUAGGCGGCAACGAAGAAGGUGAUGACUUGGAUGGAGAAGAGCUCACACUGGAAGAGCUUCAAGAGCUAGACCAGGCCGAGGAGCCGCCCGCCAAGCGGAAGAGGUCUCAGCUGGUCAUCGAUCUAAAAAGGAUUGCGCAGCACGGGAACCGGUGCCCGGCCGAUCCUGUGGAAGGCUCUCUCUGCGAUGCUCUUCUGCUUCUGCGCGUUGCAUUUGCUGCGGAGACUCGGGAUAGAAGAGACAAAGCCAAGGAGGGAGGAGACGAGCCCACAGAUAUCGACAGCAUGGAGGUCAAGAUCCAGGAUCAUUUGGAGGAUGAUCCGGAUGAUUUGGAUGAGGAUCCGGAUCAUUUGGAGGAUGAUCCGGAUGAUCUGGAUGAUCUGGAUUUGUUGGCCACUUGUGAUCCAGGUUGCCUUUUGGCCAGAGAGCGCUGGCGCCUCAUCGAUGCGAUCGAUCAUCAACUCUGUCUCAAGGAGGCGGUUUCCAGCGAGUCUGCAGUUUGGCCCGCAGGAGUCGGUGCGAAAGGAACAUGGUUACAGAACUACCAUGAACUAGCUGGAACUACCAUGACACACCCUGUUUUCAUGGCACUUUCAGGCACACACUUCUGA